UUUUAUACUGCACUCAUAGUACAACUAUGGCUGUUUGGCAUAUUACCAUGUGAGCUGCCUUGCACUCCUAGGUGUCCUGAAGUAGCCGUACUGAAUUUUGAUAGUGAGGAAAUGUCCCACAUACCAUGUGACAUAGAUUUUAACUUCAAAGGCUUCACCUUCCAACAGGAGAAGUGCAGAAAAAGCUGUGGGUACUAUGGAAAUCCUAUCUGGCAUGGGUACUGCUCCAGGUGUUGGAUCCAGCAAAGGCAAAAGUCACAGACUCAUCCCCUCACAGACGGUUUCAGGCAUCACACUGCGAUACUCGAGGUAAAGCCUGAACAAAGAAGAAAUGAAGACCUGUGGAAAAUACCAGAUACCGCUAGAAAUGUUACCAGUAAUGAUGGAUUUCCUCAUUCUCACAUUACAUACAGAUCUCUACCUGUUGCAGAAAGCCCAGGUUCUCUAUCUCUCUUGACCUUUCCUUGCCUCCACGCUUUGGCUCAAGGGGACUUCUCUGACUUUCUCAAAGCUCUUCGAAGGCAUGAUGCACAGCACCUAAUGACGCACUGCACACGUUUCAUACAGAAGCUACAGGAUACUGAGAUCCUGACAUUGGAUGACAAAGGAGAACAAGUACAAGAAUUCUACAGCACGAUUGGCAGUCUCUAUCCUGAUCACAUGACAGAGGAGAGGGAAAAGCUGUUAAAUAACAUUGAGAAGCUUGUGAUGACACGAUUAUAUAAGUCCGUGUUCUGUUUGGAUGGUUCAGAGGAUGAGCAAAAAGAUCUGUCUUUUCAAGCUCAGAUUAGGUCUUUAGUUUGGGUCACUCCUAAGAUGCUGCAGCUUUCCCUUCAUGAAAGUAAUAAAGAAGCCAAUGACUUAAUACUUUCUGCUGUCACCACUCUUGUGGAAAUUGAUUCAAAGAGAGCACCUCAAGACAAACUGGCCUGUGUGUCUAAAGCCAGCAACUUCAUUUUUAAAGCCAUUAGUGUUUCCAAGAUUGAGCCAGCAACAGCAGAUGACUUUCUAUCGUACCUGAUAUUCACAAUUCUCAAGGCUAAUCCACCCCGGCUUGUCUCAAAUAUACAAUAUAUUACUAGGUUUUGUAAUCCAAAGAGACUUGUGAGUGGGAAGGAUGGGUACUGCUUUACCAACUUUUGCUGUGCCAUUUCAUUCAUCGAGAACAUCAAUGCCUCAUCUCUUGGUCUUACCCAGAAGGAGUUUUCUCAGCUGAUGCAGCAGGAGAGUUCAGUGAGCAGGACCAACCAUUCUGUUAUAAUACAGGGCACAGUAGAGCAAAUGGAGCAGAACAAGGAACAGCUAGCAGAACUACAUAGCCGCCAGGAUCUCCUAAUACAGGAGAUUGAAAGACUAGCAAUAGAGGUGAGAGAAUGGUCUCUGGCUGUUAAAGAAGAAAUCCGGGAAGUCAUCCAGAAGUUACCGCUGGCAACUAAAUGUGCUACAACAAGCCACAACUAAAGGACACACUCACUGUUUUCAAUUAUCAAAUGGACUUAUGCAGAGGUUGUACAGGCCUCCUCGACAUUCCAAGCUGCUAUAAGAAUCCUUUCUCUGUGAGCCAAAAUAUGAAGGAUAUUUAAUUAAUGUACACUUAAAGAUUUAUUAAAUAUUAUUGUAAUACAGUCUACUGGAGAAAUUGUACCAGGGGUGUGGAUAUAUGGCCAAUCCUUUACCUUACAGUAACUUUUAUAAUCAUUGUCAUUUAACAUAUUUAACUUAUGGUAUAUUUACAUUUAUUUAUUAUCUAGAAAUUUCUCUGCGUACGUUAAUAUUAAUAAGAUGUAUAAUUCAAACAUCCCAUGCUCUCCUGUUCCAUUUUCAAAAUUAGAUUAGAUGAUUUAGGUGUGUAUGGGACAGUGCAGGUAGUGUUAGUGACAGCAUUCUUAUUUGAAGAAUUGCUAAGCACAUCAAAUUGAGAGGCCGAUUGAAAUGCACUGUUGACACAAAUGUUUACCUGGCACUGCCAUUUUAGGCCAACUCUGAGGUAAAUGCUAGAUUUGGAAGAGUCCUUGGAGGUUACCAACAAAUCCACAUGCAAAAAAAGACUGGUAUCACAACUUUUUUCACUUUCAAUCACAUUGCAUAUUACUGAACAUUAACUGUUUAUUAGCUCCUGACAAUGGAAUUUAUUUCUCUGUCUUUAUACUGCCUGGGUAUAAAAGAUCAUACCGUAUGUUAUUUCUCUUGUUUAAACGUAUAAGUCCAUGUUAAAAGCGCAAUUAUAAUACGAACUCUUGGCAUGCUAUUGAAGUUAAGUGCUUAGCCUUAGACAACAUGGUUACAAAUUUCAUCAAUUUACAAACUAGUUACAAAAAACAAACGUAUAUUUGCUCUUUGCCACUUAGUUACACAAAUAAUGUUCUUUCAUGUCAGAGCGGCUUCUGGUUAUUUUUCCUUUAGUGUAAUUUUGUAUCUGCCCUCCUCUCCCAGAUUUGAAAUACUAUACAAAUAAUAAAAAGGCAGCAACUGACUAUAGGGAGGAAUAAAGUCAUCAGUUUGGCUCACACUAAUAGCACUAAUAAUUCAGUAGCUGAGGUACAAGGCACACUUUUCAAUCUAGAAGACGUUUUUGUGAAACUGGAAAAUGUAGCCGGGGAGGGGAUUAAUUUUUCAGAAUUAUUAAUUUACUUAUUUAGCAAAAUGAAAGAUUUGGCCAAGGAGAAAAAUACAGCAAGAAUAGGACAAAAGCCUGGAGCCCCAAGUAUGGGUCCUGUAAAAAAGCUGCUGGUCUAAUAUUGGCACCAUUUCAUUGUUAGUACUGAAUCCCCUGUAAUACUGAGAGAGAAAUAACCUAAAAUUCUAUCAUUUGUGACAGAGCACCAUAUUUGGAGUUAAUUAUAUAACACAGUGUUGUGGGUAUUGCUAUGGAUGCUGGAUUUAUUGCAGUGGGCUAAAUGGUUAAUAUAGCAUAUCUUUGGGUUAACACAGCAGGUGUGGCUCUUGUAAUUUUGUGUAAUACCCUGAAUUGGAUUGAUGUCCUAGUUGGAGUUCUAGAACACAUAAGGAAUUAGGGUUGAACUAAGGGCGUAGAAUAGGGCUGGUUUAAGAGGGUCUUAAGUAACUAUGUGUUGGGGAGAGGAGGAAGGUUGUUUCCCUUAUUUUAAGGGUUUCUCUUUACGGUCCCUCCAUACAUAUUUUUUUUAUAUAUCUUAUAAUUUAAUUUAAUAUCCUAUAUGUAUACCUAACACAACAUUAGGUUUAAAUAAAAUGUAAAAAAUGG